CACUCAAGAGGCUCAAACUACGUACAGUGGUAAGACUCCUAGUCCUAUCCUCUCUCUGAUUCGUAUCCCAUUAAAACGAACACCUGCCAUUGAAGAUCCACAUCAAAACCCAACAGCAAACCUGUGUUUUUUAUUUUAUUUUUUCCAAUGCAGUCUUACACCAAUUUCUCACACGCUUGUUACCAAAGUUUUAUUCUGCACGACGGCUUCAAGUCCCCGGAGCUCCCAAUCUCCAACCUAGAGUUGAUUAGCAUGCAGUACUCCUGGCCGGAGUAUACCAGCCUGAAGGACCUGCUGCCGGAGAGAAGGAACUACUCCAGCUGGUACGGCGAGAUCCCGAUCAAGAACCCGCUGGUCAAGCACGCCGCUCUUGCUUAUCUCCAGCCGGCCAUGACGACGCCUCUGCGCGAGAAGGGCUUCUUCGGGAGGCUCAGGGAGCAAUGCUUGUGCCAGAGCGGGUGCUUUGGGGUGUUUACUUGGCUUUGCGAAGCCGUUUCGAGGAUUAAGUUGACGUCUCGGGUGCCAGUAUUAGGGGAUGAAUACAAUGCCGAGGAUGAAGAUCAUCAGCAAGACGAGAAACAUCACAGCAGUGAGAGAGACAGAGAGAGCUGAGGGACUUUUUCUGCAAACUUUUUGGGUUUGACCGGUGGAUAUGAGGUCUUUUUUUUCUUUUCUUCUUUUUCUCUCUAUUUUCAAGUCAAUUAGAUUGAUUUAUUAUUACUUAGUUUUAAGGGGGUCGAUUCUGUACAUUUGUUGAGGUUUACAGGUUGUGUCCAAAGAAUUAAAUAUAUUAUUCAACAAUAUAUGAUUCAUGGCAGAGAGAAUUAAUUAUU